AGUGCACAUUUUUAACAUAAUAGCCUACAUAUUGCCAUCUUUUAAAAUUAAUUCACCAAUCAGAUCUCAUCUAAAAGUUUUCUCUUUCUCUUCACACCAUUUACACUAAAAUUAAGCUUAUCACAUUUUGUGAAAGGUGUGAUUGAUAAGGGAUCAUCAAUCGGGACAGCAAGUUGCUGAUUCCUCAUUGAAAGCUGAUCAGUCAGUGUUGUAGCUGUAGGUUUGCCGUUUUUAAGGCUACAAGAAUGAUGGCCAAUGAAGAAUGCAUGGAACCACAAUUGAAAAAGGGAAGAAUCGAAGAGACACAUUGCUUUACUGGGAAGAAGUUGUGUUGCAAAAAACAGUUACUAUUGAUUCCAAGUUGGUGUGGCGUCUUGCAUCACGGGUAUUGGCGCGACAAUGAUCAAGUGAAAGAAGUUGUGGUGAGAAGAAUUCAAAAAGUGGACUGCCAAUUAGACUGGAAAAACAUCGUCGAUCAACAUCUAGCAAAUUCUUUGAAUCAUGAAAAUGUAUUGAACAUUAUUGGAUAUGAAGAGGACGUGGAUCGCAUGAGAUAUUUCGCUCUUGAGCGGUUUGACGCUACCCUGGAACAGUAUUGUAAUAAGCAAUACACGGGACCUAUGCCAUUCAAACCAAACACCCUUUGUCAAAUAUCCAACGGACUAAACUUUUUACAUGACAAAGGACUCGUCCAUGGACAACUUAAUCCUAGUUCUAUUCUGAUUGUUCGGUCUCAGUCGGUUUUAAUUAAGAUUUCAGAUUGCCUUCAUGGAAGUUUGCAAUCCUCAGGAAAUGAUUGUGUCCUACAUCCGAAAUACUGGAUGUUACCUGACGUUUGCUCACCUACCUCAAAAAGGCAAAGUGGGAGAAACAUCGCGUUUGCUUUUACAGUUUACGGAGACGUGUUUGCAGCUGGAUGCCUUUUCUUUUAUUAUUUGUCCCGAGGCUUACAUCCUUUUGGGAAUGUAAACGCAUCCAUUCUUGUCAACAUGGCAAAAAAUCUACCUGUCAAUUUAAACAGAUUAGGCAGUAAUCACUAUGCUUACCAAUCAAUCAAGAAUAUGGUAGGAGAACCAUCCCAAACCGGAACCCAGUAUUUGCGUAUUGCUGCUGCAUAUUUCAAAGAUUUCCCUUCAUAUGAAUUCAAGGAAGUUCUGAAGUCGGUGCCUGAAAUCAACGGAGAAGUGUUUUUCCGCUUUCACCCAACGUUACCCGUUCUCGCUUGUUGCAAAUGCAAUAGAUUGACUAUUUUCAGUGCUUCCAAGGAAUCCGUACCUUUUUCGAGCUGGAAAGAAGCCGAAGUGAAAUUUGAGGGGCAAAACCUUAAAAAAAUUACGGCGCUUCAAUGGGAUCAUAAAGGAGACCAUGUUGCAGCUGGAUUCCAAGAUGGUUGCGUCGCUGUGUGGAGCUAUCCAGUCGGUGAAAUCGUCUUUCGAGUGACGCAGCAUUUGGAAGAAGUUAUCGCAAUCUACUGGUCUCCUUCUAAACACGAGUUAUUAGCUACAUAUGAUCGCGAUCGGGAGCAAAUGUUACUUUGGAAUUCAUAUCCUUCACACAAACAGAAAACUCUUUUUCACACAAUUAUGUGUGCUGGAAUUAUUAUUAAUAUGGCGUGGACGAAUGAUCAGCAAAUCAUUGUGGGGUUCGACAAUAGGACAAUCAACAUUUUUCAAAUUGACAAAAUCGAACCAUUCCUUGUUACAACAUUUGAACUCAAAGACAGUAUCAUAAGGAAUUUAUUUUGGGAUGAAGCCACACAAUAUUUGGCAUCUGUAUCAUCAAACAAGUUGAACAUUUGGUCUUUGAAUAGCGAAGAGGUAUUUCACUCAUUUAAGAUUAACCCGAAAUGCUAUUGUUUUGCAUGGCGUCCGAAUAACAAAACAAGUGGCGAAAUUGACGUGGCCAGGAAAUCAUCAAACAAUUUCAAUUUUACUUAUGGACUGAGCAGCGGUUCGAUCGUCGUCUGGAAUCCCUUUGAAGAAACAAAAAGGCCUCUCAUUCUUGAUAAACAUACAGAUUGUGUACUUCUCCUCGUGUUCUCCCACGAUGGAAAAUUUCUGGCGUCAACUUCUAAAAACGAAAUAAUUAUCUGGUCUACUGAGACUUGGACCCCUGUGUUCGUCGGAGAAUCUGAUUAUUACGGAUUAUCGUGGCUAACUGCAGUUUCGAAUGGGGAACCAGUUUAUAAAUUGGUUAUUUCUUCAAGCCACAGCGUGAUUCGCAUUGUUGAAAUUGCUGACAACGAAUUUGAAAUUUUUAAUAAGUAAUUGAUUUUAAUUGUUGAAACUAUGCUUUACUAAAACGCAGAUAUACCCCGAUAUCCAUUACCGAAGUUCCCAUUCAUUUUACGUUUCGACGCAAAACAACCACUAAUCAUUUUAUAGCUAAUUAGUUGCGUGCAAACACAAUUAGCGAUUGCUUGCCCAUCGAUAGUAUCGACCCCCCAAACUUGUUUGUUGGAGAAAAUGCGCACCAUGGAUUUUAUAGCUUGAUGUUGAUUACGACCGUUCGUGCUCCUCAAAGCGAAUCAAACUGAGACAUCUUCCGGCGUGCGAUGGCGUUAUCAGCGUUUCCAGACAUCUCUCUCUCUCUCUCCGAACUUUUUAUUUCUUUUUUCAGAUCCUUGUUUUCGGCCAACACGAAAUGCAACCGGGAAAACCAUGCCGGUUUCCUAUUUCUCAUGCACGUGUGUGAAGAGAACGAUGUGUGCAAGUUCGUGCGUGCAAUUGCAUCAGAUGCGACGUGAAAUGGAACCCCAAAAAAUACCAGCCUCGGCAGGACGGACGCAAAAGGAUCCACGACACACACA